UCAGACCAAACGUGUGUGUUCGCAACGAAAAAAUUUUAUUAAUCGGUGAAAAAAUUAAAAUAUAUUAAAGAAAAACAUGGCUUCAAUCUUAAGAACCGGCAAAUUUUUGCGUUAUUUUGCUGGCUUCACACGUAACGUUGUGGUAAAUAGCGUACGCGAUACGGAAAGUGGUACUCUUCUACAGAACACAUCAUGCAUGUGCACACAAUUUCAAAAUGGCUUUGCCAAUGGUACUGCUGCUGCCAAAACUGAUUUAUCUUUGGACAAACAAUUAAAACGUUUGGAUAAGGAUGUGCGACGUAUUGGCCGCAUAUCCAGACGUGACAUUGAAGAUGUCUUGGAGGAAAUACGCGUUACACGUUCAGCCACUAGUUCUCAGUCGUUGCUGGUCAUCAGAUGUUGCGGCAAUUUGGUACCCGAGGAAAUGCCCGAAGUACGUACCGCUUUGGUGCAAGAAAUCUGGAAAACUUUGAAUGCCUUAAAUGUGCCCAUGGACAUUUCCCAUUAUAAUGCUUUGUUGCGUGUCUAUUUGGAGAACGAACAUCAAUUCUCACCCACUGAUUUUCUAGCUGAAAUCGAAUCAAAGUCAAUUGAACCAAAUCGUGUCACUUAUCAGCGUUUGAUUUCUCGCUAUUGCCAACAGGGUGAUAUUGAUGGUGCCACCAGAAUUUUGGAGUACAUGAGAGGCAAAAAUUUGCCCGUCAAUGAGGCUGUGUUUAAUGCCUUGAUUUUGGGACAUUCUCAGGCCAAUGACAUGGAAUCAGCUAAAGGCAUUUUGGGUGUUAUGAAACAAGCUGGCUUGGAACCCAGUGCCGAUACCUAUACCACCCUCCUCUGCUGUUUUGGCAAACAUGGUGAUAUUGAGAGCAUUACUGCUACUUUGGCUGAAUGUGAGACCAAGGAGAUCUUAUUGUUGGACAAAGACAUCUUAGAUGUCAUUUAUCAUUUAGCGGUCAAUGGUCAUGGUGAUAAGAUUGAGAGUUUGCUUACCAAAUUUCAUUUGUCAACUGGCUUCAAUCAGGAUUGCGUCAACACUAUUUUGCGGUUGACCAACAGAGGAUUUGAAGAUGUAUGCUUGAAAUUGUUGCGCAUCAUGCCAAGAGGUACUCGUCCAGAUGGCCAGGAAGUGGAUGUGGGUAUUUUCUUUAUUAGACAAUUGGUUAAAGCCAAUAGGCCAGUGGAAAAGAUAUUGUCCAUAUGCAAAACAUUGCAGGAUGAAGGUUUAAACUCCAAGGCCUUGCUGAUUGCCACCGAAGCAGGUUUGACACAUGGCUUGGUCAACAGCACUUUGCCUUUGUUGAACGAAAUGAAAAAUGCUGGUUUACCCAUUAGACAACACUAUUUCUGGCCUUUGAUUUGCUCCGUAGAACACAAUCAAAUCAUUGAUAUCCUAAGAAAAAUGCAAGAAGAAUUCAAUAUGCCUCCUUCCUCUGAAACCAUUAGGGAAUAUGUUAUUCCCAAUCUUAAGGAAAAGAACUGGGAUAAAAUUAUCACCUUAUUGCGUGAUGCUGGCAUUUCAAAUGGAACAGCUGCUGCAGCUGCCAGUUACACCGCAUUGGCCAGCAACCAAAUCAAAGAGGCAGCUAAUAUUAUGGAAAAUUACAGCUCCAUUUACAGCCAUCAAAUCUUCCGCCAACCUUUGAUUCAGGCCUUUGGCAAAACCCAAAAUUAUGAUGCCUUUAUACGUUGUCUCCGCCAGCUGUAUGAAAGUGUACAAAAGAAAGCUGCUCAAGAUAAGGCCCAUCCCAUGCCUACUGAAAAGUCCGAACAAGUCAAUGAGGAAUCGGAAGCUGUUAGCGAAACUGAGGAACUUGUUGCAAAAACCACCAAAGGUACCAUUGAUAUUGUGGGUGAAAUGUUGUGUGAUGUCACCUCAUACUUCCGCAAUGAUCGCAUCCAAAUGUUGGAGAAAUUAUUACCAAAAAUGGUACAACAAGGUUUCAGCAUUAGCAGCCAGUGUGCUGCCAAAUUAUCAGAAAAAUUGGGCUCGGAUAUGACUCCUAAUAUUUCGGAAUUGUUGGGUAAAUUGAGUUCGGGCGAUUUGGAACUAAGUACUUUGAAUAAUAAUGGCAAGAAGAGAGGCGUAGAAACAUUGACUGCAGAGGAACUUGAACGUUUUAUUGCCAAUGUUGAGGCCAAAGGUGAAAAUUCCAACAACCUCAAGCGCCACUUGUUGGGUGCCUGUUUCCGUAGUAAGAAUUUGGAAAAAACCUUACAAGUUAUUGAGCGUCUAGAAACCGAGAAAUAUAUUUUGGGUUCCGGCACAUACGCCCAAUUGAUUGAUUUGUACACGACACACGAUCGUGUUUCGGAUGCUUUAGCCACCUAUGAAAAAACAAAAACCAAAGACCCUGAAUUUCAUUUAGACAAUUUGAAGACCGUUGGCAUUGUUGAGCUAUUGCUGAAAGAGGAACGUUUUGAGGAGGCUCUGAAAUUCUUGGACAAUAACAAAAAGCCCCAAACUGCAACGGAGAAUGAUAACAGUUACAAUUAUGCCUCGAAGGUGUGGCGUAUUCUGAAUUCUUUGGCUGAAUCUGGUGAUGCUGAUAAAUUGCAAAAAGUCUUUAAUGCUUUUGUGCAAGGCAACUAUAUCGUGCCCAAUAAUGUGUUGUUGGGUCCUUUGAUUAAGGUCCACUUAGUCAAUGAUAAUAUACCCAAAGCCAUUGAGUCCUUUGAAAAGGUGUGUGAGGAGUACAAAGCUACGCCCUGGAAAAAUGAAUUGGCCCGUCGUCUCAUUCUAGCCGAAGAUGCCGCCAACUUGCAAAAGGUUACCGAUCUCAGCACUAACAUACACGGUGAAAUCAACAGUUUGUACGAUUUGGUGUUCUCCUUUGUGGAAUGUGGUCGCAUUAGACAAGCCCGCAAGAUUUUAGAAACUCCCGGCUUGCGUACCCGUCCUCAUCGCAUUGACAAUGCCUGUGAACGUUACAAAAACGAAGGCAUGGUUGAACCUUUAGAAGGUUUAAUUGAAGCCACCCGCGAUUUGAGUCACAUUGAUCGCAAUAAGAUUUACUAUAGCCUUUUGUUGAGCUACAGCAAAUCCGAAGAUGCCGAGAAAGCCUUGGGUUUGUGGACUAAAAUGCAGGAGGAUAGUAUUACACCCAGUGACGAAUUCCUCAUCAAGUUGGCCGAACUUUUACAAUCCAAAAACAUGUCGAUACCGUUUGUAGUGCCUCAGACUGAGAAGCAAAAAGCCAGAAAAACUAAAAUUGAAGCUGUCGCCAAGGCUGCCGAGGAUUCUGUCAAGAAACCUGCCGCUGCUAAGCAAACCACCACUCCACCUAAAGCCGCUUCAAAUUUGACCUUAUUCCGCAAAUCAUUAAACAACAGUGAUUUGGAGGCUGCUCUUAACUAUAAAACUCAAUUGAAAACUUCGGAACAACCCUCCAUUAUGGAUGUAUCGCAUUUGAUUGAACAAUUGGUGAGAGCUGAUCGCCUUACUGAGGCCACCAAAUAUGUCAAUGAACUGUUGGCCAACAAAUUGUAUCCCAUUCCCAAAAUCUUUAAAUUCUAUCUCAACCGUAUUGCCAAUGCUGGUGAUUUGGAGACUUUAAAAAUCGUGGGUGACCAACUGAAUGAUGAACAGAAGCGUAUUGUUAGCUAUGAUAAUCGCUAUUGUCAUGCCAACAUUGUUGCCGGACAGGUAGAGCAAUAUUUCAAGAAAUUGAGUGAUGAUAUUGCAGCCGCUAAGACACCUGAAGAUGUGACAAAAUUGGCCGAGAAAUUCCCCAGAGGAGGAGCUUUGGGUAUUUUGGACAAACAUCCCGAAUUGGUAGGACAAUUUGAAAAGCUUGCUGAAGACUAUGCCAAACACAACCAGUUGGGACCCAUGAAUGUCUUGUGGAUCCAUCUCAUCUCGUCCGGCAAUGAGGCUGCUUCGAAACAAAUCUGGGAUAAACAUCUCUCCAGUGCUCCACGUCUCAUGUUCCAACGUGUCUUACAAACGGCUCGCGAACAAAACGAUGACAAAUUAGCCCAAAACGUCAUCAGCCAACUAAGAGAAUCAAAAAUUUCCGAAGGAGCCAUUGGCAACGCCUACUCCUGCUUAAUUGACAUACAAACUGGCAAGGGCAAUGCUGACAAGGCUUUGGAAACAUUGAAGACCGCUAUUAAAGACGUUUGCUUAGAGAACAUUAAUCGCACUGCUUUGCAGCGUCUUAAAUCUGUGCUGGAAGCCGAAAAGAAAGAAUUUCCCUAUACGAUACCCGAAAAGAAACCCACCACGGGUAAAUCGAUUUCUUCAUCUUCGUCUAGCCAAAGCAGUGAUGAUGAUGUAACACCCAAACGACCAGAAACUAAACCCACGAAACCUACCAAGAAAGACGAAUAAGUUUAUUUUGAUUUGACUUAAGUUUUACGCUAAUUAAGGUUUCGUUUGUUUUUUUUUACGUUUCAAACAAAACAAAUAAUUCAUUUAUCAUUAGUUUAUAAUGAUUAACAAUAGUUUUUCUUUUAAUACUUUUAAUUCUUCUUUGCAUUACUACAACGUAUGUAUUUCCUUUCUUGUAAUUUAUCAUAUAUUAAAAUUAUUGUAAGUAUUCAUUUAUAUUUUUAUUUUUUGUUAAAACACAAUGAAAAAGUAUGUUAUUAGUUAUUACACAAAAAAAAAGAACAAAAUAAAUAAAAAUUGAAAAAUCGA